UCAGAGCGCUUCUUUGACGCAGCCGCAGCUUCGCUCCAACUACCAACUUGAAACUUCAGCAGCAGCCGUCAAGCACACAUCCAGCCCCGGGAGACAUGUUGAGAUAUUCUGGACAUUCCCGUUAAAAACAACAAAUUAAUGUGAAUAAUUCGGCGGUGCAGCUUCCCCCUCACAACUCAGAAAUGCCUCAGACCAAAAAGUCGGUGAGCAGCGCCGGCGGUCCAAGUCAGGCAGGCGACCCGGAACCGGGCGAGCCGCCGCCACCGUCGCCACAGGAAGUGAGGCUGGCUAGAAGAGGAAGAGGAAGAGUGGAGCCGGAACAGGGAGACCCGGACAUCGUCAAGUCCCCCAGUGACCCCAAGAAGUACAGGUUCAUUGAACUCGGUAACGGACUCCGGGUUCUACUGAUCUCGGACUUCAGCGGGCCGGACGAGAACGCCGAGCGUCAGCGGGAGGAGAGCGGGGAAGGCGAGGAAGAGGAGGACGAGGAGGAAGAGGACGAUGAUGAGGAAGGAGAAUCCAGUGCCAGCUCUGAUGAAGAGGAGGAGGAGGAGAGCGAUGAGGAAGAGGAGCCGGAGCCCAUGGAGUUGGACGACGAAGAUCAAACGAAGAAGAAGAGUUCAGAGAAACAGGCGGCCGCCGCUCUCUGCGUCGGCGUCGGCAGUUUCAGUGACCCCGAUGACCUCCCCGGCCUCGCCCAUUUCCUGGAGCACAUGGUCUUCAUGGGAAGUGAGAAGUUCCCGGCGGAGAACGAUUUCGACGCGUUCCUGAAGCGUCAUGGCGGCAGCGACAACGCGUCCACCGACUGCGAGCGGACCGUCUUCCAGUUCGACAUUCAGAGGAAGUUCUUCAGGGAGGCCCUGGACAGGUGGGCCCAGUUCUUCAUCUGCCCUCUGAUGGUCCAGGAUGCCGUGGACCGAGAGGUGGAGGCCGUGGACAGCGAGUACCAGUUGGCCCGGCCGUCUGAUUCCCAUCGUAAGGAGAUGCUGUUUGGCAGUCUGGCCCGACCCGGACAUCCCAUGGCCAAGUUUUGUUGGGGAAACGCUCAGACAUUGAAGCACGGGCCACGAGAGAAGAGGAUCAACACCUACAAGAGGCUGCGCGAGUUCUGGAGGAGAAAUUACUCUGCUCACUACAUGACCCUGGCGGUGCAGUCCAGAGAGUCAUUGGAAACCCUGGAGGAGUGGGUGAGAGAGAUCUUCAUCCACAUCCCCAACAAUGGGAAACCCCGACCCGACUUCUCGCACCUGCAGCAGCCGUUCGACACUCCGGCUUUCCACAAGCUCUACAGAGUGGUUCCGGUCCGGAAGGUCCAUGCUCUGACCGUCAGCUGGGCUUUGCCCCCGCAGGUGAAACACUACAAGGUGAAGCCUCUUCAUUACAUCUCCUGGUUGAUGGGACACGAGGGAACCGGCAGCAUCCUGUCUCUGCUGCGGAAGAGGUGCUGGGCUCUGGCUCUGUACGGGGGGAACAGCGAGUCGGGCUUUGAUCAGAACUCCACCUACUCCAUCUUCUCCAUCUCCAUCACGCUGACUGACCUGGGCUACCAGAACUUCUUCCAGGUGGUCCACUUGGUGUUCCAGUACCUGAAGAUGCUGCAGAACCUGGGACCCCAGGAGAGGAUCUAUGAGGAAAUUCAGAAGAUCGAAGACAACGAGUUCCGGUACCAGGAGCAGACGGAUCCGAUCGAGUUUGUGGAGAACAUCUGCGAGAACAUGCAGCUGUUCCCCAAACCGGACCUCCUGACCGGAGACCAGCUCAUGUUCCACUAUGACCCCGAGGUGAUCGGAUCCGCCCUGUCACUGCUGACGCCGCUCAGAGCCAACCUGCUGCUGCUGGCUCCAGAGAACGAAGGCAGCUGCCCGCUGCAGGAGAAGUGGUUCGGUACCAGCUACAGCUGCGACGACAUCCCAGAAGAGUGGGAGCGGCGCUGGGCAUCCGACUUGGAGCUGAACCCGGACCUUCAUCUUCCUGCAGAGAACCGCUUCAUCGCCACGGAUUUCAACCUGAAGAAGUCCGACUGCCCGGACACGGAGUUCCCGGUCCGGAUCCUGGCCCUGGAGCAAGGGGCUCUGUGGUACAAGAAGGACAACAAGUUCAAGAUCCCCAAAGCUUACAUCCGCUUCCACCUGAUUUCUCCCAUCAUCCAGCAGAGUCCUGACAAUCUGGUCCUGUUUGACCUCUUCAUCAACAUCCUGGCCCACAACCUGGCCGAGCCGGCCUACGAGGCCGACGUGGCCCAGCUGGAGUACAAGCUGAUGGCGGGAGAACACGGCAUGAUGAUCCGUCUGAAGGGCUUCAACCACAAGCUACCACUGCUGCUCAAACUGAUCGUGGAUCAGCUGGCGGACUUCAGCACCGAGCCGAGCGUCUUCAGCAUGUUCGCGGAGCAACUGAAGAAGACUUACUUCAACAUCCUCAUCAAACACGACCGACUGGGAAGGGACGUCCGGCUGCUGAUCCUGGAGCGCCACCGCUGGUCUGUGGUCCAGAAGUACCGGGUCCUGACCGAGGGUCUGCAGGUCCAACAGCUGAUGGCGUUCGCUGCGGCGCUGAAGGAGGAGCUUUACGCCGAGGGCCUGGUCCAGGGGAACUUUACCAGUGCUGAGUCCAUCGAGUUCCUGCAGUACUUCACUGAGAAGCUGCAGUUCCGGGCUCCGCCUGCAGAGGUCCCUGUUCAGUUCCAGGUGGUGGAUCUUCCUCGGAGACACCACAUCUGCAGGGUCAAGUCUCUGAAUCGAGGAGACGCAAACUCUGAGGUCACUGUGUACUACCAGUCGGGCCUGAAGACACUCAGGGAGCACGCUCUGAUGGAGCUGAUGGUGAUGCUCAUGGAGGAGCCGUGCUUUGACUUCCUGAGGACCAAAGAGAUGCUGGGGUACCAGGUGUAUCCGACCUUCAGGAACACCUCAGGUGUUUUGGGGUUCUCCGUUACCGUGGAAACGCAGGCCACCAAGUUCAGCUCAGAGCUGGUGGAGCAGAAGAUCGAGGACUUCCUGGUGAGCUUCGGCGGGCGCCUGGCGUCUCUGAGCGAGGAAAGCUUCGCCGCCCAGGUGACGGCGCUCAUCAAGCUGAAGGAGUGCGAGGACGCUCACCUGGGCGAAGAGGUCGACCGCAACUGGUACGAGGUGGCGACGCAGCAGUACCUGUUCGACCGGCUCAGCAGGGAGGUGGAGGUUCUGAAAGGCUUCAGCCGGGAGCAGCUGGUUUCCUGGUUCCUGGAUCACCGUGGCAACUGCAGCAGGAAGCUCAGCGUGCAUGUGGUGGGUUUUGGGGUGGAGGAGAACGACCCGCCCCAUCAGAACCCCGGCGGCUCCGCCCCUUCCUCCUACGGCCCGGUGAGCGAGCUGACCUUCCUGCCGGCGGCGUCGGCCGCCCUGAGGAACGCCACCCUCAUCACUGACAUCAGAGCGUUCACCUCCUCUCUGCCCCUCCAUCCCUACUACAAGAUCCUCAGCUAGGCCCCUCCCCCACUCGUUUCCAUGACCACAUUCACUUCCUGUGGGCCGACUGUAAAUAGCAGCUUGUGAUUGUCUGGAGGAAGAAGCACGACGACUCAGGGCUCUGAAUAAAACGAGAAUCGUUUUAACUGA